CCCACCCCACGGUCAUUUCCUGAGCUAUCACCUAUUCCAUCAUUUGACCUGGGUCUUGAUCAAACCCCUCCUGACUUGCAACAGGACCCACCUUCCCACAGUACAUCCACUGGCCCACCCCAUGUUCAGCCUGAGCAGCCUGUUGGGUUAGCUGCAGCGGCAGAAGGUCGGCCAAAACGCAUAUCUAAGGCACCUCCUUGUGGGACAGGGGGGCACAAACAUGGACACAACGCUGGGCCGGAGGCAUCUGAUGACGGACAUGCAAGACCUCCUCCUUAUUAUACGAGAAAGCGUAAGGUUCAAAAAAGGUGAAAGGUACAGUUGGGACAUUAGCUGGAGGUAGAUAUUCAUGUGUUUGUGAAUGAUACAAUUCUUGUUGCUGUUAUCUUCGAGGCGAUGUCUGGCAUGUAUUCCUGAAAGGAGACUUCAAACACAUGCUUUAUGGCUACAAAUUUGAUGGAAAAUUCUCCCCAGACGAAGGGCUUUACUAUGAUUCUUCUCGGAUUCUAUUGGAUCCUUAUGCAAAAGCAGUUAUAAGCAGAGGUGAGUUUGGUGCUUUAGGAGCUGAUGGUAAUUGCUGGCCCCAAAUGGCCUGCAUGGAACCUUCUUUUGAUGAUGAGUGCACCUACCAAUAAUUUUAGCUUCAAUCCAGAUGGGUCUGCUGUGAACCCUGGAGCUUUCCAGCAGCAUAUUCGAAGUGAUUCUAAUCUUAUGGCUCAGUUGUUUCAGAAUGAUCCUGAACUAGCACAAGCUGUUCUAGGAAAUGAUCUAAAUAAACUGCAAGACCUUUUACGAGAGCGUCAUCGCCAAAAAUCUGACUUACGACGUCAACAAGAAGAGGAGCUCGCCCUUCUUUAUGCAGAUCCUUUUGAUGUUGAAGCGCAAAAGAAGAUUGAAGCUGCUAUUCGCCAGAAAGGAAUUGAUGAAAAUUGGGCCGCUGCCUUGGAACAUAACCCUGACGCUUUUGCAAGGGUGGUUAUGUUGUACGUGGACAUGGAGGUUAAUGGUUUCCCAUUAAAGCUCUUAUAUUUAUUUAUAGUUUCUCCAUUUCGUAAGGCAAGUGACUAUGUUUUGAGGUUUUUUGGUUAUUCACAGUGUAUUGAAAAAGUUGCUCAAGGAUGA